AUGCAUCAACGUUUCAGCCCGACAAUGAGCCCAAGUUCACCAAAAGCGGACUCAGUUAGUACACUCAUAUUCUCUGGGGGCGAAAUCAAAGGCGAAUACUCCUACGAAACCAAAAUAUGUGAAGGUGAGCACCUGGGAGAGCUCUGCAACUUGAACCACGAUCGGGAGACAGGAGACGCAUCUGACAAGAAGAUCAAUGUAUAUGUCCGACUUUUUCAAGCAAAUGCAAAGUUUCUUAUGGCGAAGCUUCUUUUGCGAAAAUUCAAUGCAUGGCACCGUCUAGACUCCCUCAAAUAUGAAGCUGAAAUAGGUAGCAAGGAAGGCCUUAUCCAAGCUAUCAACGAGAUAUGCUUUGUACCAGGUCAAGUCAAAGUAGACACUAUAGAUGAAGAGGCCGUCAAGAUGAGCGUAGAGGAGAGGGACAUAAUAGACCUCACAGAUGCACCACGUUCCCUGCCUUCACGCAUUCUGCAACCUCAGGAAAUACUUGCACCGCACUUGUAUCAAGCCACACCACUUACACCUCUUAUUAUCAAGACCGAGGAAGACCCAAUACAUUUAGAUGCAACACUCUCUGCUGCAAAUGCUCUUGCUGGUCCCUCUUCUAUAAAACUCGAAGACCUCCCUAUGGCUGACACCAAACUUAUGAACCACGUCGAAACACUCCCAGAACUCGGAGUCAUUCUAGCAGAGGAUGAGUCUCAAAUGGACCUUCCUACCCUCCUCGAGUGCCUCAGAGUCGACGAACUACGUUGCAUUGCAAAGCAGAUGCGUGUCAAAGCUAGUUCAAAAAGGUUCUUGCACGCCGUCGACACUAAUAUCAUCAUUCGCCUGUGCUAUGACGACGUCCAAGAUCCGGUCAACAUCCAAAAUUCCUACAACUUUUACACCAUCACCAGCCAUUUUCCGACAAACUACACUCCCUUUUGGUCGCGAGACAGCCCAGAAACGACUGCGCGAUAUCGUUCUUGGUACACUCGGCAAACUUGUGGAUGCGGGUUUGAGAUGCUGCUUCUGGCUAGUGGGCCUAUGGGCUUACAAAUCUGA